CUGGCGCCUUCACCCGGAAUCCUCACCAGAGGCACCGCAGGGCAGGCUCGGCUCCCACAUGCAGCGCCUGCCUGGUCACGUCCAGGCCCUUGCAUCCCCACCUUGGCUUUCGGUGCAGGAUGGCCCGGACAAUGGAACCACUGGCAAAGAAGAUCUUUAGAGGAGUUUUAGUAGCUGAAUUAGUGGGCAUUUUUGGAGCAUAUGGUUUGUUUAAUAAGAUGAACACAAGCCAAGAUUUCAGGCAAACAAUGAGCAAGAAAUUUCCCUUAAUCUUGGAAGUUUAUUACAAAUCCAUGGAACAUUCUGGAAUGUAUGGAAUCAGAGAACAAGAUCAAGAAAAAUGGUUGAACAGCAAAAGUUAGAGAUUUGGCCACCAAUCAAGGUUUACCGUAUUUCAAUAUCUAAGUAAGGCGAGAUUAAAAUUCCAAAGGUGACAUGGAUGAAUUUUGGAAUAUUUAAGGCAAAAUGAAAAUUCUGAUUAUGACAGAAGUUUUGUUCUUUGGAUUAACUGUGAAGAAAUUGAUGGAAGGUGUGUUUAUUGUUCAAAUAAAGUUUGUUCAAAUAAAGUGGUUCUCCUAAAAAAAAAAAAAAA